AUGGCAGACGACUACCUACGGUAUCGCCCUCUUCUGUUCGCCAUCGCCGGCCUGGCUGCCCUAGGCGGACUGAUAUACAUUCGCUCUAAUGCGACCGCAUUCCCCGAGAACACAAGCAAGCUGCGUCGCCGUGGCGCCAUCCUGCGUCGCAACAACCGCCGCGAUGUGAUCAACAGCCCCUCCUGGCGGGCAAUCGCCCACCUAGAACAACUCGAGCGCGAGAAUGGAGCAUAUGGAACAUUCAGGAUUGAAACCGAAGAUGGACGAAUGGUCGAAAGCGGUCUCUUGCCUUCGCUGCUUGCCACUCGCGAUCAGCUCAUGGCUGAUGUGGGCAUGCCCGAGGCGCACGCAGACCGAAUGCGCGAUAUGAUGGAGGAUACCUUUCUGGAAUCGUUUUUUGCGCUUGACUUCCCACCAUCGCACACGAUCAAUGAGGAUAGUCCCGAGCGGGAUUAUUUGACUAGGGAACUUAGUCAUCGUGGGAUUUCGCGCGAUGGAAUCAACAGGGCUCUUGCUAAUUUCAACGUGGAUCCUUCGUACGGUGAGUCUUUGCGUCUUCGUCGGCAACAGGGCACGAGAGUGACCCUCGCUGCUACGACUCCAGCUCAGGAGAUUGAAGAGUUGAAUAAUCCGGAUAUUGAGGAUGGCGCUGAGACCGAAAGUGGAUUUUCAUGGCGGAAUGGCAAUGCUGAUGGGGAGCCAGCUAGAGAAGGGCAAAAUCUGCUCAACUUGCUCUACCACAUUGCCGAGGACCAGGCGAGGAAGGAUGGAUAUAUUCAUCGUGGUGUUACUUGCAACAAUUGCGGGAUGAUGCCCAUCAUGGGUAUACGCUAUCGGUGCGACAAUUGCGUGGACUUUGACCUUUGCGAGGUCUGCGAAGCCCAGCAAGUUCAUAACAAAACGCAUCUAUUCCUGAAAGUUCGCAUUCCAGCCCCGUAUAUGGGCAACCCUCGCCAAGCGCGACCUGUGUGGUAUCCUGGAAAACCGGACAAUCUCCCCAAGAACCUUCCGCCUCCUCUGGCACGGCGCUUGGUGAAGGAGACCAAUUUUGAGAACACAGAGCUUGACGCUCUAUGGGAUCAGUUUCGCUGCCUGGCCAAUGCCACUUGGACUGCAGACCCCAACAAGUUGGGCAUGGCUAUUGACCGCAAGACUUUUGAUCGGUGUUUUGUGCCAAACACAUCAUCCAGACCUCCUCCACCCAGUCUAAUCUUCGAUCGCAUGUUUGCCUUUUACGACACCAACGAAGAUAACCUCAUCGGGUUUGAGGAGUUUCUCAAAGGCAUCGCCAGUUUCAAUACAAAGGCGAUCGAUGAGAAAAUGCGCCGCAUUUUCAAGGGCUAUGAUAUCAACGGCGAUGGCUACGUUGAGCGCAAAGACUUUCUACGCAUGUUCCGGGCAUUUUAUGCUCUUAUCAAAGAAUUAACUGCAGACACGGUUCACGGAUGGGAAGAGGACUUUGGUCCCGGUGACGGCACAAUAGCGCGAGAUAUUGUCCUCGGAACUCGCCCUCUCAGUUCGGCGUUUAGUGGCAAUUUCGGAAAUGCAGAAGCUCCCAGAACUGGAGAGGGCAAGCAUGCUAAUCUCGAUGGUGAUAUGGAGAUUGCUGAUGGCGGUGAUAUUCUACGGCCAGACGGCAUGGACUAUGGCGAUAUUUACUCGGCCGUGGGCGAAACGGCCGUUCGUGACCAAUUAAGAAGAAAUAUUAAUCGGCCCUUGUCUACAGACAGACCUCAAAUGUCACCCCCUCCACCACCUAUUUUUGGUGAUGUCGAAACAGAGCUGGAUGGCAGUUAUGAACAGCCUAGAGUCGAUGGACAUGAGAGCGAGCCGAGGGCCGAAGAAGAAGAACACGACAACGAGGAGGAGGAGGAAGAAGAAGAAGAAGAAGAGGAGGAGGAGGAGGAGGAGGAGGAGGAGGAGGAGGAGGAGGAAGAGGAAGAAGAUCGAGCCUCAGAUGGAAGCUCUGCCCUCGAGGCAGCUCGCAGAAAUGCAAUCCACGAACGCUGGCGGCGCAGAAACUUCUACACAGACGAGGAAGAUGGCGCUACUGCUCCAGAGGGAUUUGAAGAGGACUCGGACGUGCACGAGUCGGCAGACGAGGCAAUCGACACGGAACAAUCGUCACGUCCUCCCUCGCUUCGUUCCAGAUCAUCUUCAAAAGUCCGCUUUGAAGAUGACGAGGAUUUCGACGUCAGGUCUACCGGCUCAACAUCGGUUGGAGAACGCUGGGGCGGCUUCGAGGUUCCGGAGCCAGAGAGGGAUGUUGGCAAAGAGAUACUCUAUCAGGCUACCAAGGAAGGGAUGAACGACUUGUUAGACACUCUGUUUAAGCAAAAGGAGGAUCUUUUGAUGGAAGCCCACGAAACUCGUAAGGAGCGCCUUCAAUGGGCUGCUGAAAUCGAGUCUUAUCUGGAUCCCAAGAAACCCAUUGCCACAAGCAGCCCAGACCUUAUUGGCCGAACAACCCGUGACAAGUCACUAGACGACUUGUUGAAUGUUACAGGCUAUUCGGUGGUUACCGAGGAGCAGGACACUGCUGCCAUCUCUCCAGAACACGAUGUCGAAGCAGAAAGAGAAGAAGAAGACGACAGAGAAGUCGUCGAGGAGGUCGACCCUACUCUGCCCCAGAACAGGCCGAACGAAGAAACCACCACCCCUGCAGCAGCAGCCACUUCAUACUUCCGUCUCCGGCUCGACGGCCUCACGACACUUCUAGCUCCACACUCCGAAAACUCAACAAGCGAAGCCGAGUCCACCGCUCCCAAACUCUCCCCGAUCUUGAAACCCUCGCCUUCCACUGGCUCCCCCAUCCACCGCUCUCCUACUUUGUCCCCUCAAAGACGACGUAUAUCAUCAGACACCCCUUCACGCCGCCAGCUCGGUUACUGGGCGCGUCUGAAUCAAGUAGAGCGCGAAUCCAUCGAGCGCGGCGGUGGUGCCAAGCUGGACUACGAAGAGUUCCGGCGCAUUAUGAAUACGGAUCAGGGCAAGAAGUUGAGCUUUAUUAGCACUUAUAUUGAGAUGGCGAGCUUUUAG